AUGUGGACUUAUGUGCAUGACCAAAAUAAAAGGGUGGACUCUAAAGUUAUUGCCGUUGAGGACCGUGUAAACGCGCUGGAAUAUAACCUAGCAACAACACAAAUUGAGCUUGAUCGAGUUCGUAAUUAUGAGAUAAAAACCAGAGACGAACUCAUUUAUGUAAAAUCGCAAUCGAUGCGUAACAACUUGGUGUUUGGCAACAUUCCGGAAGUACGGGCUAAAUCUUGGGCCGAGAGUGAAACCAAACUGCGCGAUUUCAUAGUAAACAAACUGAAAAUUGCACAGAACAUUGUUGAUGACAUACAAUUUGAGCGCGUGCACAGAAUGGGCGAUUUCUACCCGAACAGCGGGUACCCCUGGAAGUUGGUGGCCAAGUUCUUCAGCUUUAAGGUCCGCGAGAUCGUGCGACGUCAACGCGAAAAUCUGCAUGACACUGAAUAUUCCUUGCAUGAGCAAUUCCCCCCUGAGAUUUCCGCUCGUCGUCGUGCGCACAUGCCAGCACUGAAGGCCGCCAAACGCCAGGGUAAACGUGCAUGGCUUUCCUACGAUAGACUUUGUAUUGAUGGGAAGCCAGUUUACACCGACCAGCAGCGUGGUGGGUCAGAGGGCGCCGGCACCGGAAGUAGGACUGGUAACGCUAGAGCUACUGCCACGGAGACGACGGCCCACGAGACGGACGGACGGAGCGCCUCCCCGGCAACGGACGGUGCGACAGGCGGGUCGGCGUAG